AUGGAUUUGGACCCCGAAGACGUUUUCAAGGACCAUGAAGACGACGAAGACAGCGAAUUCUUCCUGCUUAGGGAUUCAACCAAAGAGUUCGUCGUGUAUCUCAUCGACGCUUCUCCGAAGAUGUUCACCGCCACUUGUCCUGGAGCAGAUGGGGAGAAUGAGACUCACUUCCACAUAGCAGUCACUUCUGUGGCACAGGCGCUGAAGACGCAUAUUAUUAAUCAUACGUAUAAUGAAGUUGCUAUCUGCUUCUUUAACACGAAGGAGAAGAGGAACUCGCAGGACCUCAGUGGUGUUUUCGUGUUUGAUGUUGCUGAGAGAGAGCAUUUGGAUAGGCCAACAGCGAGACUUAUAAAAGAGUUUGGUUGUGUCGAGGAAUUAUUUGCAAAAGAGAUUGGCAGUCAAUAUGGUAUUGUAUCUGGAUCCUGGGAGAAUUCACUCUACAAUGCUCUUUGGGUGGCACAAGCGUUACUUCGCAAAGGAUCUACUAAGACAGCUGAAAAAAGGAUACUUCUGCUUACAAAUGAAGACGAUCCAUUCAGGAAUAUCAGUGGUAUAGCUAAAGCAGAUAUGAUACGAACCACCUUGCAGCGAGCUAAAGACGCACAAGAUCUUGGCAUCUCAAUUGAACUAAUUCCCUUUAGCAGACCAGAUGAGGAGUUCAAAGUUUCGAUUUUCUAUGCUGAUUUGAUUGGACUGGAAGGUGAUGAUCUUAUUGAAUACAUGCCAUCUGCAGGACAGAAAUUGGAAGAUAUGAAAAAUCAACUAAGAAAACGGAUGUUUGCGAAGCGGAUAGUUAAACGAAUCAAGUUCGUAAUUACAAAUGGAUUGUCAAUUGACCUGCAUACGUAUGCUUUAAUACGCCCUACAGCGCCAGGGGCAAUAACGUGGCUGGAUUCAGUAACCAAUCGUCCUUUGAAGGCAGAAAGGUCUUUCAUCUGUGCUGAUACUGGUGCACUGAUGCAGGGACCACUGAAGCGCUAUCAGCCGUAUAAGAAUGAGGAUGUGAAGUUUUCAGAGGAGGAGUUGAGGGAGAUCAAAAGAGUUUCAACAGGACAUCUGCGUCUUCUUGGAUUCAAGCCUCUAAGCUGCUUGAAAGACUAUCACAAUCUAAAACCUUCUACAUUUGUAUUUCCGAGUGACAAGGAAGUGAUAGGUAGCACUUGCGCUUUUGUUGCCUUGCACAGAGCAAUGAUACGAAAUCAGCGUUUUGCUUUGGCAUUUUAUGGUCUUUCAACUAAUCCUCGAUUGGUUGCCCUUGUUGCUCAAGAGGAGAUAAUUUCUGAUGGUGGUCAGUUUGAGCCACCAGGCAUGCACAUGAUAUUCCUACCAUAUUCUGAUGAUAUCAGAGACAUUGAACAGAGUCAGUUGACCACCAAGCGUCCAGCGCAUCGAGCAACUGAAGAUCAAAUUCAAAAGGCUGCCGCUUUAAUGAAACGUAUUUACUUGAAGGAUUUUUCAGUAUGCCAAUUUUCUAACCCUGCAUUGCAGAGACACUAUGCAGUGCUGCAGGCUUUGGCACUGGACGAAGACGAGAUGCCUGAGAUUCACGACGAAACACUGCCGGACGAAGAAGGCAUGUCUAGACCGGUAGUGGCUAAGGCCAUCCAAGAAUUCAGGACAUCAGUCUAUGGAGAGGACUAUGAUGAGGCAGAUGACAAGCCACGAGAAAGCGAGGCAUCAAAGAAACGAAAAGCUGCUGCAGAAAUUGUUGCUCAGGAAUACAAAAACUACGACUGGGAGGAACUUGCUGACAGUGGAAAGCUGAAGGAUUUGACCGUGGUGGAGCUGAAGUACUACUUGGCUGCCCAGAAACUCCCACUCGCCGGGAAGAAAGAAGUGCUCAUCAGCCGGAUUCUAACCCACCUGGGGAAGUAA